GUCUGUGUAUGUUUGGUAACAGUGACAUUACACUCCUCGUCUCUAGGAGGCAGUAGAGAGUGUCAAACACCGGAAAAACAAAGCGAGCGUGUGGAAGGAAGGAUGCGGUGUAUGCAUAGCCGACUAUCUAUCAGCUAAUAUUUGUGUGCAAAAAUGAAAUUGUACAGUCUGUCUGGUCAUCCUACAUUGCCUUGCAAUGUUCUCAAGUUCAAAUCCACCACCGUCAUGCUGGACUGUGGACUGGACACCACCUCAGUCCUAAACUUCUUGCCCCUUCCUCUUGUGCACAGCCCACGACUCUCCAAGCUGCCUGGCUGGAUCUCCAAGGAUGGAACUGUAAACCUGGAGAAGGAGCUGAAGGAGUGUGCGGGGAGAGUGUUUGUGGACUCGCAGCCCGAGUUCUGUCUCCCUGAGAGAGAACUGUUGGAUCUGUCUACUAUUGAUGUCAUCCUCAUUUCCAACUACCACUGCAUGAUGGCCCUGCCCUACAUCACUGAACACACAGGCUUCACAGGCACAGUGUAUGCCACAGAACCCACACUUCAGAUAGGCAGACUUCUGAUGGAAGAGCUAGUUAACUUCAUGGAAAGAGUUCCCAAAGCCCAGUCUGCCACCUGCUGGAAGAACAAGGAAAUACAAAGGUUGCUCCCAUGCCCACUGAAAGAUGCAGUGGAAGUGUGGACAUGGAAGCGAUCCUACAGUAUGCAGGAGGUGAACUCUGCCCUUAGCAAAGUGCAACUCGUGGGUUAUUCACAGAAAGUGGAGUUAUUUGGAGCUGUACAGAUCUCCCCCUUGAGUUCUGGCUACUCUUUGGGCAGCUCAAACUGGAUCAUUCAGUCUCAUCAUGAGAAAGUGUCCUAUGUAUCGGGUUCAUCCCUCCUCACCACACAUCCACAGCCGAUGGACCAAAGCUCCUUGAAGAACAGUGAUGUUUUGAUUCUGACAGGCCUCACACAGAUGCCAACUGCCAACCCAGACGGCAUGCUGGGAGAGUUCUGUAAUAACCUGGCCAUGACUAUCCGUGCUGGAGGCAACGUGCUGGUUCCGUGUUACUCGUCAGGAGUGAUAUAUGACCUGCUGGAGUGUCUGUACCAGUUCAUUGACAGUGCAAACCUGGGCACCACACCCUUCUACUUUAUCUCCCCUGUUGCCAAUAGCUCGCUGGAGUUCUCUCAGAUCUUCGCUGAGUGGCUUUGUCACAACAAGCAAUCAAAGGUGUAUCUUCCAGAGCCUCCGUUCCCUCAUGCUGAGCUGAUCCAAACCAACAAACUGAAGCACUACCCCAGCAUUCACGGAGACUUCAGCAGCGAGUUCCGUCAGCCGUGCGUGGUUUUCACCGGUCAUCCGUCCCUGCGCUUCGGGGACGUGGUUCACUUCAUGGAGCUGUGGGGAAAGUCCAGCAUCAACACCAUCAUCUUUACUGAGCCUGACUUCUCUUACCUCGAUGCCCUGGCUCCCUACCAGCCACUGGCUAUGAAGUGUGUCUACUGUCCCAUCGACACACGGCUCAAUUUCCACCAAGUGGCAAAACUGCUUAAGGAAGUCCAGCCCCUCCAUGUGGUGUGUCCAGAGCAGUACACCCAACCUCCACCCAGCCAGUCCCACCGCUCUGAUCUGAUGCUGGAGCUGCAGCCUCCGCCUGUGCCCUACAGGCGCUGCUCUGUACUCAACCUACCCUUCAGACGCCGCUACGAACGCGUCUACAUACUUCCUGAGUUGGCCAACUCCCUGGUGCCCUCUGAGAUUAAACCUGGCAUCUCCGUGGCAACGGUGUCUGCAGUGCUGCACUCCAAGGACAACAAGCACACACUGCAGUCAGUGCCCAAACCCCCUCCAGUGCCCCCCAGCAAGAAAAGAAAGCGAGUUAUGGAGGAGCCCCCCGUGGUGCAGGCGCCCAAACCCCUGCUGAGUGGAGCGGUGCCCUUGGAAGCUUUCCUGGCCACGUUACAAAAGCACGGUAUCACAGAGGUGAAAGUGGAGGAGACGGUAGACGGACACAUCCUGCACCUACAGGCCGAUGACACGCUGAUCCAGCUGGAGGAGGACGGGACGCACAUCGUGUGUGACAAUAACGAGCCACUGCGAACCACACUGAGAGACCUGGUGCUCCGCUUCCUGCAGAAACUCUGAAACCUGUUUCAUUCCUUCCCUCUGUUGGUUUUUUAAGUAUCCUCGCUUUGUACGGACGGCAAAAGAAACAACACGAGAGACGGUGAGAGCAGGUGUCAACACAACUAAACCCAAGGUUUAUUAUAGUUUCACUGUAAAGUUUUGUAAGAUAGUAUUUUGUAUUAAAAUAUACUACAAAAAUUGAAAAUGUUAUUUCAGUCACUGAAAACUCAUCAUGAAGGAAACUGAAAUGUAGUCAUGAAAAUGCAGAUGUGAUCAGUCAUGAGUGCAGGUUUUCCAAAGAAGGAGGAAGAAGAAAUACAACAGAACUAGGGGUGGAGUGGCUCAGUGAUUGUACUCAAUUCCAUUGUAAGUCACUUUGGAUAGAAGGGUCUGCUAAAUGACAUGUAGUGUAAUGUAACUAUACACAGUUAGUCCCUUUGGGUUUACUCCAUUUCCCAUAAUCCCAACUUUGUGUUUUACAGUCUCUACAGUGCAAAUUAAAUCCAAAUCUUAGCGUGUGACUAGCUCCUCGGAUGAAGAUAAAAUAGCAGAGCUUUUAAUGAGUUACAAAAUGCACACGGUUGUGUGUACAUGUCUUUCUCAGUCCCGUGCACCUCCACAAAAACACACAGCAAGAGACAUUUAAAUAUGUUCUAUCAGGAAGAACAUAUUUAAAUAUCAAACAUGCCUGUGUUUAAUUUAGAGGCUUCAAAUAAAGACGUAAGCAGAGGAAUAACAUGCUUUUUUCAGCAGUUUUAAGUUUUAUGGUGCACUGCUUGUGUCCACAUACAGUAUAGAUUAGAUGGCCGGGAAUUGAAAUAACAUUAUACUGUGAUGAAAAAUAUCACUGUUGCAAUUACCGCUCUAAAAAAUCAGCCAUCAUCUGUCUGUUAAUUCAAGGAACGCCUGUCUGUAACGUCUGUUAAUCACAUAACCGUCCAACGGUCUGCUUGACAGGCUUCAGAUUUGGCAGGUGACCUGUGAAGGGUGUCAGUGUUUAGACAAUAAAUGCAAGCUAUAUUGGUAGAAAUGUGACAGAUGCAGGAGAAAUGAGUAGAGACAGAUGCCAUGGCACUGCAGCAACCAUGGUAGUAAAAUUGUACUUGAACGAUCUUUGUUAAAAGAAGACACCAGUAUUUGUAAUGUUGACUUUGCUUGGAUGAGAAAUGCAAGAGAUGCCUGUUCUGCCUGUUUGUUACUCGCACAUCUGUAGAAUGGCUCACCUGACAGACUUGGCAGGUGACUUACUCAGGGCAACAGUGCAGAUUUUGACUUUGUUUGGAUAAGGAAUGUUAGGGAACAGGCACUGGUGCUGUUUUGCCAGUACUAUCAAGAACACUGACGACCAACCUAAAGUGAUUCCUGCAUUCUGCUUUUGACAAAUCAUGAAAAAACGCUCACACCUUAAGCAUGGUAUGAAGGAAAAGUUAGCAGUUUUGAUUUUAAUACUUGCAAGAGCACAGUAUAUGUUUAAACUGGUUAUUAGCCUGUACUACCAAAUGAAUCACCAACUGCCUCUAUAAUCAAUUAAUUCUGAUUUCUGCAUGAUAAAUUUGAAUAUUUUCUGGUC